AUGUUCAGUGAAGGAGAGUUGAAAGACAUGGAAGGACUGAAAAGAGAGUCAGAUUUUAUUGAGGAUAAGUAUGGAUGCACCAGCAAAAAGUAUGGCAAUACCAUUGGUAGGCUUAGGGUUUUAACCAAUGGCCCGUUUCUUAUAUCCUCCGAAUGCACUUCGGCUUGCGAUGAAGAGAAAUUGACGGCUUAUGAUUUCGAAAAACAUUCUGGGAAAGAAGGGACCGGGAAAUGGAAGAGCCACAUUUGGGUGGUGAUGUACAAUAACAAGGUUCCUUUAUGGAGGACUGUUCUCAAAUACUACAAACAUGCUUCCAACGGAGCCAACGAGCUAAACUGCUUGCGAGCUAAGCACCUUUUCCAUUGUGACGAGUUCAUCCGUUGCACCAGGCGCAAGAAAGAACGCCGGUUUCGACUCCAGACCGACGAUGAACGUCGUACGUACCAUGAUACUUUGAAUGCAAGGAGGUGGAGGUGUGCUAACUGGCCGUACGAAAAAAUCACCUGCAAAGAUGAUGAAGAACGAGCAAGCAGGAAGAGUUGCAGGGGUUGCCCUCAAUCUCCGACGUGCAAAUGUUGCACUUCUUGUGUCUGUUUCGGUUGCCUCAAGUGCCGUUUCCUCGAUUGCAAGUGUCGCACUUGCGUCGACUUGUCCAAAAUACCGAGCCUUGAGCCAUAACGAGGCACCCGGCAUCGAUCCUUUCUAUGCUUCAAUGCUGUUCUAUCAUUUCCUAACUGGAAACUU